CACUCGAUCUCCAUUAAUUACAACAUAUUGAUCAAUAUAAAUACACUCCAUGCACCAUCAUUCACAUUAAUUCUUCAUCUAAUUAAUUACCAAUUAGUGAAUAACAAUGGCUCGCUGGUUCCUCUUCUUCAUCUUCUUCUUCUGCAUAAGCUCUUUUACAAGCUCUCAUGCAAGAGAUGGAAGCAUUGCUAUAUACUGGGGCCAAUAUGAUAAAGAAGGAACUCUGGCUCAAACAUGCGCAACUGGAAACUAUGCAUUCAUAAACAUCAGUUUCCUCAACAAAUUUGGCAAUGGUCGGAAGCCAAACCUGGACCUCGCCGGCCACUGCAACACUGAUGAUUCCAACGGGUGCACCAGUCUCAACAAAGACAUCAAAUCAUGCCAAGCCAAAGGCAUCAAAGUUAUUCUCUCCAUUGGAGGUGCAUUAGGUGACUACUCUCUAUCCUCCAAAGAAGAUGCAAGGCAAGUAGCUCUUUAUAUCUUCAACAACUUCCUCUCCGGCAAGUCCUCCUCCGAAAGGCCUUUCGGUGAUGCGGUGCUCGACGGUGUUGAUUUUGAUAUCGAACUUGGUGAUGGUGAUCACUAUGAUGAUCUUGCAAGAUCCUUAUCGUCUUUCGGUGGUAGUAAAGGAAACAAAUCGAAGAUAAUCUUGACAGCGGCGCCACAAUGCCCGUUCCCGGAUAAGUUCGUCGGAAAAGCACUGAGUGCCGGAGUGUUUGAUAAUGUUUGGGUGCAAUUCUAUAAUAAUCCACAGUGUCAGUUCAAGUCUGGUGGUAAUAAGGGUUUUGGUGAUGCAUGGGAACAGUGGACUAGUGAUCAGAUCAAUGCUAAGAAGAUAUUUCUUGGGUUGCCGGCGUCGCAGGAGGCCGCCGGGAGUGGGUUUGUUGAGGUGGAGGAGCUGACGUCGGAGGUGUUGCCGUUGAUAAAGAAGUCAGGGAAGUAUGGAGGAGUGAUGCUGUGGUCUAAGUUUUAUGAUGAUCAGACUGGUUAUAGUUCAGCUAUCAAGGAAGAUGUUUAAACUAAUUAUUAAUUAUUCAUGUCAUGCGUGCAUGACAGUCUUGAAUUGUUGACAUUAUGGUGGUUUUUUUUUUUAAUAAUAAAAUGGAUAUA